AUGUUUUUAUUUGUUUCUUUCUUUUUCAACUUUUGUACAAAUCAGCAAUUUAUUUUUGGGGAAAUGGCCAAACUCCCUCUUUCUUUCUUUCUUUCUUUCUUUCUUUUUCUUUCUUUCUUUCUAUCUAUCUAUCUAUUGACUGAAUUGCAAAAAUUACUUUUCUUUCCUUUACUUUCCUUUUCUUUCUUUCUUUCUUUCUUUCUUUCCUUUUCUUUCUUUCUUUCUUUCUUUCUUUCUUUCUUUCUAACAUUUGCAUUUGUCGGUAUAAAGUACGUCGUAUCUAAGGACAGCUUCACCUGCGAAGGAGAACGCAGAAAUUCUUUCUUUUCCGUCCAAGCGUUGUUUUCUCAUCCUGUCAAAAUUCUUCUUUUUCGAUUCAAGUUUUCUUACUUUUCUUUAUUUCUUUCUUUGUUUCUUUCUUAUCCCAUGAAAAUUCUUUUUCCGAAUCAAGAUGUUCUUUCUUUCUUUCUUUCUUUCUUUCUUUCUUUCUUAUCCCUUCAAAAUUCCUUCCAUUUUGUCUUUCUUUUCCCAACCCUCGCCUUUUCUUUCUUCCCUCAAAUUAAUUCUUCCCCUCCAUCCCUCUCAUUUUUACUCCAUCAGUGCCACUGUCUUUUCCUGAGCCACGAAGAAAGCAUUUCUUUACCCACCCACCUCACUACCCGCGCGCCUCAUGAUAUCUAUCUAUCUAUCUAUCUAUCUAUCUAUCUAUCUAUCUCUGUUAAUUUUUAUCUUUCUCUCUCUCUCUCUCUCUCUCUAUCUAUCUAUCUAUCUCAGCAUAUUCAUUUCUUUCUUUCUUUCUUUCUUUCUUAUUCUGUCCAUAAUAUCUAUCUAUCUAUCUAUCUAUCUAUCUCAUUCUAUCUAUCUAUCUAUCUAUCUAUCUAUCUAUCUAUCUAUCUCAGUCUGUUAAUUUUAUCUUUCUCUCUCUCUCUCUCUGUCUUUCUCUCUAUGUAUGCAUCUAUCUAUCUACAUUUUGUCUGCCUGUCUGUUUAG